AUGGAGAACACGGUGUUGUGCUAUUUUGUUGCCUAGCAACGUCGAGAAUAAUUUUCUGGGUGUUUUCAGUCCCACGGAGCACUUAAAGGAAAAUAUGCCUACCGAGUCUCAGACAAAGAGAACACCAGCCGCCGCAGGCGCCGUCAUCAGGAGUUUAUGGAAAACCUGCAAGACGUUGGGUCCUGACGAAUCCAACUCAGAGGAAACUGAGGACGAAUUAGCGGAGAGGAGGCAGUGUAAGCAACCUUCAGUAUGCAUGAAUCUGAGUCAGACUCUAAGGACAACGCAGCUGCUCUUAAACUUCCAUGGUGGUCAGCCGGUUUUCCUUCUAAGGCCACCGUCUGAUCUGGUUAACUUCCCUCGCCCCCGAUGGCCAGUAGAGUGUGAAGUCAUCAGCGACAGCAUCCAGCACAUAGAAUGGGAGCCACCAGAGCCAGAGCCCUUUUAUAAGCCCGCACACAGGGAGUCCCUCCUUCCAGCUGCUGAUGGGCCAGGGAAUGUCGUGUACUGCUCGGACUUUGCCGCAAAGCAUUUAUAUUUCACCUGCUCUCGUGUUGGAGGAAGCAGGGGCUCCACCAGUUGUGCCAAGUUUCUUGUCACACCCCCAGAUAUUAGUCUUGAAUUUGAAUCGCGCUUCGAAAGUGGCAACCUUCAGAAGGCCGUCCAAGUGGGCGCCUUCGACUAUGAGCUCACGCUGCGUACAGACAUGUACACUGAGAAGCACACGCAGUGGUUUUACUUCAGGGUGAGGAACAUGAAGGCUAAAAUGAUUUACCGCUUCACCAUAACCAACCUGAUGAAGGCGAGCAGCCUGUAUUCCCUCGGCAUGAGGCCGCUCCUGUACUCCGAGACGGCGGCGGAGAAAAAUGGAGUUGGCUGGCAUCGAGUAGGGUCCAACAUCAGAUACUACCAGAACUGCAGCGAGGAUCCAAACGAGAACAAUGACACCGGCGACCGCCUCUACUCGCUCACCUGGACUGUCCGGUUCCAAUAUGACUCAGACACGUGCUACCUGGCCCACUGCUACCCCUACACGUAUUCACGGCUGCAGUCCUACCUGAAGCAGAUAAUCUCCAAUCCAGCAGUAGCGUCGUACUGCGAAGUGCGGACGCUGUGCCAAAGUCUCGCAGGGAACGCCGUCUAUGUUAUUACCAUCACAUCCAGAGGGAGCAGCCCGGUCGAGGUGAGAAACAAGAAGGCUGUGGUGGUGACAGCGCGAGUCCAUCCAGGGGAAACCAACGGAUCCUGGAUGAUGGAGGGAUUUUUAGACUUUCUGCUCGGAGACUCAGAUGACGCUCAGGUUCUCAGGGAUAACUUUGUUUUCAAGGUUGUACCAAUGUUGAACCCAGAUGGUGUUGUGGUGGGAAACUACAGGUGCUCACUGGCAGGCAGAGACCUCAACAGAAACUAUAAAACGCUGCUGAAGGAUUCUUUUCCAUGUGUUUGGCACACCAGGAACAUGGUCGAAAGACUUAUGGCUGAAACAGAAGUGGUUCUUUACUGUGAUUUUCACGGCCACAACCGCAAAAACAAUGUGUUCAUGUAUGGAUGUGACAGCCACAGCAAGCUGUACAAGUUUCAAGAGAGGGUCUUUCCGCUAAUGAUGAGCAAGAAUGCAAGCAAUAAGUUCUCCUACAAGAGCUGUAGGUUCAAGGUGCAGAAGAGCAAGGAGGGAACAGGGCGGAUCGUCAUGUGGAGACUGGGCAUCAAGAACAGCUUCACCCUGGAGGCCACCUUCGGAGGAUCCACUCUGGAUGACAGAAAAGGGACCCACUUUACUACUGGAGAUUUGAAGUCGAUGGGCUUUUACUUCUGUGACACCCUGCUGGACUUCUGCGACCCUGAUCAAACAAAGGUGGCUCACUGUUUAGUAGAGGCAUCAACCUUAUUGAAAAAGGAGGACAGGAAGAAAAUGAGCAAGAAUCUGGAAACUGAUGGUAGCUUUUCAAUGUCUGACCUGGAAACCAGCACGAGUGGCUCCAAUAGUUCAGAUUCAGACGGACUUCCAGUUCAUUUACUGCACCAGCACAGAAUUCUAGAGAAAACUCAUUUUAAGAAGAAAAAGAAAAAAUUUAAAACUCGUAAGGAAAGAGACCGACUCCAGCCAAGCAGUGCGAGGAGUAGGUCACUGACAAAGAUUCCGGAGGAGUCCUGUCUUUCUCCUGAAAAGGUGGAUGAAGUAAGAAGCCAAGAGAAACCUGUUGGAGGACAAAAGAGAGGAAAGCAGAAUGACCAGAAGGGAAAAUGUGUACUCUCAUCUCUAGCCAAUCAUUCUGAAGAAUUCAGCCAGGAGGACAGUCAGGACAAUGACUGCAUCUCAUGCAUGCAACACAAAUUGAAGCAUCUGUAUGAAACCACGGCGUACAUGGCACCUCCAUUAGGUGAUGAAGCGGGUAGCAAUAGAUACAGCCGCCCCCCUCUCUCCCUGAAGGACCCUGCGCCACAUCCUGUUCUCAUGCAGCCCCCGCGCUGUACGCCACAUUUGUCUUCUCAACAAGGGUCAACUGUCUUUGUAGCUCCAUGCAGGUUUCCCCAAUCUGGGUUUGUCAGAAUUGUUCCGCCCAUUCCUCCAUCCGCUUCCGCAUCCAGGAAUUGCCAAUUUUUCAAAGACAAACAUGUACAGUGGAUCUCUGGUAAUUUUCCAUCUAAGAGUUUCUCUGCAUCGGUCACAGAAAUAACCAGAGCCCGCCAUAGAAAAGGGACCCAAAAGCAUUCAUCUGAAGUGGAUACAUCUUCGUUUACACCUCUCAUGGAUCAAACCCAAGGGGUCUCGCAACACGGGCAACCCCUUGAGAGAAAGUGAGGUAUUCAACAAUUUAUUUGAGCCUGGGCAGAAGCAAAAGGGAAAACUUUAAUCUGUAAUCUAUGUGAACUCCCUUCAAUCUGUCUCCUUGCGAUCACCUCAGUAAAAGACUUUAUUUGCAUUUGUUGUGGAAUACAUAAAUAUGUUCCCACAUAUUUCUGUCUCUUCAUCGUGUAACUUUUCCAGAGCUUUUUUUUUUAAAUUAAAAGCUUACUAUCAAUAUAUUAACAGUAGUCAGCCUGAAUGGAUGGACGGUGGACGAAUAAAAACGUAAAAACAGAA